AUUUGACCCACUUUUACGUGAAUCGCUGCGGGGCACGAGGACAAGAUUGAAAAAAAACUAAAUUUCCUCCCCUCAAAUCCCGCUCCCGAACUUCUCUUCCCCGAACUCACCAACACUCUUUUUUUCACAAUGCGCGGCACCCUCAUCUUUUCGGGCAGCUCGUGCCCGGCCCUCACCGGCAAAGUAUGCGAAAACCUGGGUAUGACGCCAGCUGAUGCUGAGCUCACCCAGUUCUCCAACGGAGAGACGAGCGUCCGGAUCCUCACCAGCGUCCGCGAGAAGGAUGUCUUCGUCGUUCAGUCCGGCAGCCCCAAGAUCAACGACACCAUCAUGGAGCUGCUCAUCAUGAUUUCUGCUUGCAAGGGAGGCUCUGCCAGCAAGAUCACUGCCGUCCUGCCAUACUUCCCCUACAGUCGCCAGUCCAAGAAGAAGUCGCACCGCGGUGCCAUCACUGCGAGAAUGCUUGCCAAUCUUCUCGGCGUUGCUGGUGUUAAGCACAUCAUCACGGUCGAUUUGCACGCUUCUCAGAUGCAGGGCUUCUUCAAGUGCCCUGUCGACAACCUCCACGCCGAGCCUCUCAUUGCCCGCUGGAUCAGGCAGAACGUCCCCGACUGGAAAGAGGCCGUCGUCGUGUCCAAGAACGCCGGUGGUACCAAGCGCGUUACGUCGCUUGCCGACGCUCUCAAGUUGAACUUCGGCAUGGUCACCACCGACAAGAAGAGAGGCCAUGGCAACAUGACUAGCAGCAUGAUUCUCAACCCCAUUGACGCUGUCUUGGACCCCAUCGGCGAGCAGGUCAGCGAGGCAGUUGAGCCUGAGGAGACCUCAGCCAGCAACAUCACCCAGCCUAUCGCAGGUACUGCAAGCCCCGCGCGCCGUCCCAAUGGAUCGUCUUUGCACAGCGCCAAGUCUCUGCCAUCUCGCCUGCGUUCUUCGACCUCGGCUUUGGACGGUGUCGACGAGGAAGGCGAGGACGGCCUCGAGUACAAUGACCAGCGUGCUCAUGAGGUCACCCAGGCUCGUCUUGUCCACGGCCACAUCGUUCCUGAUGACUUCGAGUCGCCAGACAUCUCUGCAGCCACCAGUGUCGCUGGAGACGACCCGAUGACCAUGUCGCACGCUUCGUCGUUCUUCGCUCCUCAGCACCACGCUGCCCUCGGUGGCUCGGGUGAUGCAGCUGAAAGUUCGGAUGAGGAUGAGGUGAUCCUGAAGGACCCCAAGGUGGAGCACAUGGUCACCCUUGUCGGAGACGUCAAGAACCGCACCGUCUUCAUUGUUGACGACAUGAUCGACAAGCCUGGUUCUUGGAUCGCUGCUGCCGAGACGGUUGUCAAACGCGGUUUGGCCAAGAAGGUCUAUUGCAUUGCCACCCAUGCCGUCUUUGGCGCUGACUGCCUUGAGCAGUUGCAGGAUUGCGACUGCAUUGAUCACAUCCUCGUGACAAACAGCUACCCCAUCCCAGAGGAAAAGGCUCGCAACGCCAGCAAGCUGCACGUACUUGACUUGUCCUAUCUCCUUGCGGAAGCAAUUCGUCGGAACCACUAUGGCGAGUCGAUCUCGCCUUUGUUCCAGCACAUAGUGGAGUAAUAUCGCACGGUUCUGUUUUUUGGUUUUUCAUGACGCAUCACAGAGGCUUCAUAGGGCAUUUACUUGCACCUUCUUUACGAAAGCACAUCAUCAUCAGGUAUGUUGGGAGACUCGGAUUACAAGCGUGGCGUUGGUGAUUUCAGACUGUCGUUUUGACAUUCGGAGCGGAGAAAAGCGUCCUUAGACC